UCUGUUGCUGUUGUGGAACCCUUAGCCUGUUGUUAUUGUUAUUGUGUCAACGUCAACGUGUAUUAUAUUAUGUCAAUGAGUCAUCAAUGAAGAAUAGGCUUUCUUACAAUACACACACACUCAUUUGAAACUUGGAUAGGAAAUUUUAAAAGUUCAAAUCUUUAGAGUAUCAAUUUUAAACUUCCUGCAGGGUUUCAGAAACCAAGGUUAAGUUAGCCCUUCAUAAUCAUAAGAUACAUUUUUUUAAAGCUUAACAAUGUCUUCAGAUACUCUGACAGUACAGGUGCCGGCAGAUGAUUCUUCUGCCCCUCCGUUUGCAAAACCAAAAAGAGUUCCUCGUCGUGUUUUACACUUCUCCGACGGGACUCUGGAAGAAUAUAGUACUGAUGAGGAAGAUGGUGUUGAACCCAAAAUUGUGCAACAAAAUGCUCAACAAUUGUCAAGUGUUGAUCCUAAAACAUUGGCGUGGAUGCCUUGGUUCUGGUACCAAACUGUGGUGGCCGGCUCUAAGACCCUAGAGGUUUGUGAUUAUCUCGGAGAAUCCUUAGCCAGCUUCUUCGGUAUCACAACGCCCAAAUACCAGUUUGAAAUCGACCACUACCAGCAAAUGUUGGCUGAAGAAGAAGAACUAAAGAAGAAACAAGAUCUUGAGAUGGGUGGAUGGGUUGGUAAGAACACAGAAAAUGGCGAGGAAGAAAAUAAAGGAAGCAUAACAAAGGCACCGUCAAUCCAAAGGUUGACAGUAUGAGUUUUGAAGAGAUUCUUCAUGGAUUGUGAUAUUUUGUUCAUAAAGCAUUCUUUUACACGUCAAUACUAACCAUUGUAAGUUUUAUUUAUUUGCAUUUUAUUAAUAUUUAUUUUUGUUAUUAUUAUAUUUAUAUUUUUCCAAUUUUUAUUCUAUUAUAUAUUAGUAUGAUUAUAAUAUUAUUUAAAUUUAGACUCCUACAACCUUUGACUAUUGAUGAAACUAGACAUUCUAUCCCCAUGUUAAUGUUGUUGCCAGUUUUAAAAUCUAAUUUGCCUUGUUGAUGUGAGCCACCGACAGAUUGCGCUGAUCUAAAUUAUGUUUUUUACAAAGUCAAACUGAUGGACCGACUUUAAGAGUUAUAUCACACUGUUAUGACCAACUAUGUCAGCAACAAAAAAUAAAAAAGGGAUAUAGAAUUUUGGACACUAUCACAUUCUAUGACUGGCUCACACAACUACAUUCUUUUUAAGUAAAAAAUUGGUGACCAUUGAUCCAUAAAGAUGGGAUUUCUACUUCUGUAUCCAAUAGUAUCAAUGUAUCAAUGCUACAACCAAACCACUGAUUUAGUUGUUUUAUAAAGCACUAUAUAUCCAGUGAAAAUAAAAAUUGUAAAACUAGAAACCUUUGUAGGUAUGUAUAUUUUACAAGCUGUUAUGUCAAUUUGUAUAUCGUUAACGUAUUUAGUAUAAAACUGUAUGUAUAACGUUGCUUGAUUAUUUAUAUUCCAAGAUGUAGUUAAUGAGUAAGUAAUU